AAAAUAUUUUUUAAAGGAGUGUCAAAAAAUAAAAGAAAUACUCACAAACACGUAAAUAAAUAUUUAUUCCUGCCAGCCUUUUUUACUUUUUUUAAAUCGAUUAUUCUCUGUCUUUUUUACUCAUCUUUAUUUAUUUUUUGGCCUAGAAAGUUGGCCAAGAAAACAAUUUUAAAAGGAACGAGACUCCUUUUCUUAGAAAUGACUCAGAUUUUAGCUUAAGUUUGAGAUUUUAUUUGAAAAUUUAUGAAAAUAUUUGCAAAUUUUUAAAGAUUUUUAUUUGUGUUUUGAUAAAUUUAUUGAAAAAAUUUUUAAGAAAAAAAUUAAAUGAAAGUGCCUCCUCCAAAUUAUCACGAAACAACACACGAAAAUAUAAGUGUGUAUCCACCAAAUCCUCAAAUAAUGGAAACUGCGCAAGUUACUAUCCCUCAAUCGACUUUAGCUCUUGGACCCUUUCCGCAACAGGCUUAUUGUCAUUCAUGUAGACAACAAGUUCAAACUAGUGUCAAUUAUGUUUCUGGAACAUUUGCUUGGUUAUUGUGCUUUUUGUUUUUGCUUUUUGGACUCUUUUGUGGUUGUUGUUGUAUUCCUUUUUGCGUUGAUAGCUGUAAAGAUGCUGAACAUCGUUGCACUCGAUGUGACACUUAUAUUGGGACUUAUACACGUUUGGGGAGUAAAUCAAGAGCCCCGAAUGUUGUUAUAGUCAAACAAGUUUAA